CUCUCCGUGGGCCCUCUCCACGUCAGCGUCUCGUGGUUCAAAGGCAGGAUUGGUUAACGGCGGUAUUUUGGGCAAAGAGAGCGUCGCUCGUGCCACCUCGGCUAGACACAAGCCGGAGUGUUCCGUAGCGCGUGCCGUACCGCUUACCUCAUCAAAUGACCGGGCACCUCCCGCGUGCCGUACUCCUUACCCCUGACAUCUCACCCUCGCUAUCUGUGGGCGCUCACCACGUCAGCGUCUCGUGGCUCAAGUCGUGCUCGUAGGCGAUCUGGAGUAUUAACAAAGUAUCGCCUCGAUAGAUGUUGGAGUCUUCAAGCGAUGGUUGAUGAUGCAUACCAUGUGUUCGAGAAAUGUCCUCUCUUGCCGCUCGAGAAUUGGGCUGCGGCGCGCGUUUUCGGGACUACCCUGGUUCGAUCUACGAACAAUCUGUGAUGGUGAAGUUUGAUGUUCGUCUUGUCUUGAACAGAUCUUCCUCCUAUCAGGAACAAAACCUACGGACCUCAGUUGAUGACCAUAGGAUUUCAAUUGGAUGAAGUACUGUUGGAACAUUCUCUUUCUCAAGAAAGUGGUAUAGAUUGAUGGAAAAAAUUUGUCAACUUUCAAUCGCCAUAAUUUCUUAUGCAAUUGAUGGUCUUUAGUUCUUUGAAUUUUUGCAUGCAAUUGUAGUAUUGCUAUAUUGCCAUAACAGAGUAUAUCUCUAAUCAUAUAGGUACCUCUAAGAUGCAUUAUGUGUGGGUGUACACUUGCCAUAUAUAAUCACGUGUUAAAAACUCUAAUAUCAGAAACUUAUGUGUUGAACAUCAUAGUUCCUGUGAAAUCCAUUGCUUCUCAGAAGUGUGUUAAAAGUUCACUUUACAUAUUAUUUGUUGCCUACCUUAGCAAAUUAUUGUUUAUGUUUGAUUACAAGAGUUCUGAACUUUGAUUGCUGGCACAAUUUGCCAUGAUUUCUUUUAACUGUCUAUGAUUUUAUUGCAGCUGUUCUUAUUCUUGUAAUAAAAUCUAGUUUCAAAGUAUGAUCUAAUAGUCGAUAUGGUAGAAUUACGCUUUCCAUAAGAAUACAUGCGUCCUCCUUGUCAAGGGAAGAAUUGGUACAAAUUUACAUGUACAAGAGUACUUUCAUGGAACACAUCAAAAUGCCUGUUGUACAUGGAAAAUAUGAAUUUAAGAUCUUUUUACUUCUUCUUGUUGUCAUAUUGUCACUCAAGUAGACUGGAAGUUAUCAAAGAUUCAGAACCAGGAAUUAAUUUUAAAAGUUAUCAUGCUGUCAACACUUUCUAUAAUGUUAUACUUCUAAUAAGAUAAGUUCAUGGGUAGAGAUAUCUGAUCUUUGGUUAAAUGCUUAACUUGUCCUUUGAAAAUGGUCGAUGUUAUGACCGUCCAUUUCAGUUAUUUCAGGUGACCAUAGCCCUUCUCUUCAUUCAGGUUAUCACUGGUUUCUAGAGAACAUGUUUGACCGAUUGCAAGCUACAGUCAACUGUACUGCAAGAUGAUGUCUCUCUAACAUUCAUCUUUUUGGAUGUUCUUGUAACAUUCACUGAUGCAAGAUUUUCAGAGAGACUAACUAUGCUAGAACACCAUAGUAAAUUUUAUUCUACUCUGACUUUCAACGUGUUUAUCAUAAUGUUUAAUGCUAGUAGAUAUUCCAAUGUUCAGUACUAUAAUUUUUUAUGCAAUGAAGCUUCAAAAUGCAUGCAGCAUUUUCUGUUUCAGUUAAAAAUAUUUUUUUCUCUUAUCCCUUUCUUGAUGAAGUUGAUUGUUCCUACAAGCAUUCUUGUAUAUUUGCCUAAAACUUCUCUGCUUCUUGGUCAUUUGUAUUUAAGGAGCUGCAUCAGGAUAGUGGCCUGUGUUGGAUGGCCAUAAUACCUUUGUAAUUUGCAACUUAGUGGUUCAAGUAAUAAGUUCACAUGAGUAUUUUUCAUCGUUUUCAUCUGUAGAUGCUUGUGUCACAUUUUGGUUAUUGAAAGAAGAGCACAUAAAUAUGUAAAGUAACAUUUGAACUCUUCUAAUGUUUGACCAUAUUUAUUACACUACUAUAGUAAACACUUGUUUAAAAUGUGAUUGUUUAUGUUUUUAUUUAUAUUUCCUAUUGUUAUUGUUUCUUAAAACUUAACUUUAUGGUAAGUUCUUAGUAUGUUUUCUUUUGUCAUUUGAAUUCAGGUGUAAAUCCAGACUAGGACUUGAAUAACUUGCACGCAUGAUAUCUAACCCUAGAGCAAUUUAUUAGGCAAGGUCAUGAGCUUUUUCUGAUCUUUCCUUCCAAUUGAUCCGGUGAUAGUGGCCACAAAAGCAUGAUUCCGGCUUUAGUAGUGCAUAAGGGUUCUGUUUUAAUGAUGACAACAAUAACAAGUCAUUCCCAAGAUUCGUAGUUGGUGAUAUUGAUCCUUUCUUAUAGUUAAGCACUCUUUAGAGUGAUGUGAGAACAAAUACUGUGGUAUUUUUCAUGGUUCGUCUUAUCGGUCCGUAUCAGUGUAUUGAUCAGCUAUCAGUACAAUGCAUAUCUAACUGUAUCGAGCCAUACCGAGACACGAUAUAUCGGGCAUAUUGAUGUACCGCCCGUAUCGAGUGGUACACUAUGAUACGAUGAACCUCGGUAUUUUUCUUAUUAUUUCUGAUUAAAGUGAUCUUUGGUCAUGUUCUAUCUCUCAGGACAUCUCCAAAGUGAACCAAUCUAGUUUUUCUUACUAAUACAUUUAUCUUGGCUGAUUGCAGUUAAUUUGGGAACGGGUGUUGCAUAUCUUCUACAAGUCAGAAUAGUGUGUGACAAGAUCCACACACUUGUAUACUCUUGACUGAAACUGAUGUGAUUUGAUUGAAAAGUUGGUGGAUCUCAAUAAAAAAUUAACAUGUUGUAACUGUAUAUGUUCAUAACUGAUGGUAGGACAAUAUGCUUGGUGGAUCUCAAUAAAAAAUUAACAUGUUGUAACUGUAUAUAUUCAUAACUGAUGGUAGGACAAUAUGCUCGGAAAUUAAAUUGAGCCCAAUUGUCAUACGUAGCACUGAAGCAAUAUUAUUUGAAUAUUUUAGUAUAAUGUCUGCUUUAUAUAGUGCUUUUUGAGCAUUCAGCUAUGGAUAAGGUUGUUUGCUAGCAAGUGGUGGGAGGUAGGUAAAUAUGGAUUUGGACAAGAAGCACAAUUAUAUCUGCUGCAGAAUUGUCAAAUAUGUGCAUUUUUAUCUGUGAAUUUUCACGUACAAUAAAUAGAAACUUAUUUAUUAGAAAGGGAAGGAGGAGACUAGCCCCUUUUCCUUUCCUCUUUUCUCAGAACUUUUAACUGACAAAUGGCUACUUGACCUCCAAAUCUGUGUUCUAAGGAAUGUAAAGUAUUGUGUGAACUGUGAAAUAUUCAUAUGGAUCUUGGCUCUUUUCAAAUCUUGGCCUAUAAUAAUUAGCUUGUAGCCAGUGCUUAAGUUAUAUGCUUUGCAACAUUAGAGGUGUUUUAUUACUUUAUCUAAACUAUAUUAUACCUGUGUCUUUCAUAUUAACCUGAAGGGAAUGAGCUUUUCUAACAUAGAGUUAGAGUUCCAAUUUGACUUGUUCACUUUUUUCCCUCUGGUCAUCUUUAUUUCUCAACUUCAUUUAAUAGCUGGUGAUGACACGUCAUGGGACAUGCUUGUUUCUACUUUCUUUUAACUAAAUAAGCCUUCUCUAAUCAGGUCAUGUCCACAACUAGCUUUUGGUAUCAGUUAAAAGAAAUAGCAAGUGAUUCUUGGAAGACUAAUUGCUUUAUUAAGACUAUUUUUUUAGCCUGGUGCUGACCUUGUUUUGAAAAUUUUUUAACCACCCGAGCUGGAGGCAUCUUGGAGUUUCAGCUAAGGUAUGACUAGAAGGAACAUAAGAGUCUACUUUUUGCCACUUUUGUCCAGCUUAAUUACUCCUAUAAGACAGUGAGAAAUCCAACUAAAGGUGCUGCUAGAAGAAUCUGCGACAUGAAGGGAACAUAAGACUAGUUUCCAGCUUAAUUAAUAGUAUAGGGCAGUGAGAAAUCCAACUAAAGGAUAUGGGAGUACGAAAGGUCUUAAGUGGAAUUCCUUGAUGGAAAAUGCAAUAAGAUGGAACUGGAUGAUUACAUCCAAGGAUUAAGUUGGUUGCAGAAGGAUUAAAGAUGCAUCGUUCAAGUACCGCAGACAAGCACAUAAAUUAUCUUAGACAUGAUGGGCUUGAAUAAUGUGUCAUGAGGUGCAGGCAUUUUGCUUUCAUACCAUGAUCAGCAAUGAAAGGUGCUAGUGAAGAAUAUAUGCACGGCUUAUUAGAUGGUGGAUCCUUUCUGGUAUGCUUUGGUUUUCUUGAUGCUUUUGUGAUCUUCAAGUGGAUGCAGCUAAAGGUGUCUUUAGAUCUACUUCAUGGCCGCUGUUCUUCACCUCUAUCAGAAAGUGGAGACAUGUGGGCCUGUUCAGUCGUCCAUAUCUUCCAGCUAAAGGGGAUGUGCAGAGAUGUGGGAAAGACUACUACGAGAUUUAGAGCAAAAAACAUGCAUGAAAGGGAUGAGCACAGUGCAGUGCUGAACCAGCCGAGCUUGUAUACUGUGCAAAUGGGACUCGUCGCGCCGGUGUCCGGCGCUACAGUUGCCGCUUCUUUCCUUCCCGUGUACAAUUCGUCGGCUCCUGUGACCACCGCUGCCACCUCCCACAGUGGCCUUGCCUUCUACGACAACGUUGAUGCUGUGGUAGCGGCGUCGAGGAAGCGGUCACGCCCGGUGUCGUUUCUUGGCGACGACAUAUCCUCCCACCUGCAGCUGCAGCAGAUGCUCGACGUCGAUCGCCUCAUCCUGCAACACGCGGAGAGGGUGCAAGUGGAGCUUACGGAGAGGCGGAAGCGGUUCGCGCGGCAGAUCCUGGCGACGGUGGAGGAAGGCGUCGCGAAGAGUCUCAAGGCUAGGGAAGAAGAGAUCGCCAGGAUCGGGAAGCUCAAUUCUGCGCUGGAAGAGCGCAUAAAGAGCCUCCUCGAGGAGAACCAUAUGUGGCAAGGGCUGGCGCGGAGCAGCGAGGCCACGGCCAUAGUGCUGCGGACCAACCUCGAGCAGGUCGUCGCGGCGCAGGUAAGGGUGGCGGAGAAGGAGGCGGAGACGGAGGCUUCCACCACCCCCGACGACGCCGAGUCCUGCUGCUGCGCAGGCAACGGGGAGGAGGAGGAGGAGAAGACGAGCGCGAGGGCGGAGUGGAGGAGAGUUUGUCGGAGCUGCCGGGAGCGCGAGCCGUCGGUUCUGCUGCUGCCGUGCCGGCACUUGUGCCUCUGCGCGUCGUGCGGCCCGGCCGUCGACGCAUGCCCCGUCUGCAAUUACAGCAAGAAGGGAAGUGUCAGCAUCAACAUGUGUUGAAUUCAAUUCAAGACAUGUAAAGAUCUCUUUUUCUUGCUUCCUUUGAAGUCAUUAUUGUAGAUAUUCUUACUGAAACAAAUGCAAACUAGUUCUUGUGAUGUCUCUUCUUUCA